AUGGCCGCCGGCAUUGAACGUUGCCCCAGUAAUUGGGAUAAAUUGACAGAAUUGCAAGAGAUUUUGCUGCGAGAGAAGAGGCUCAAGCAGAUUAAAAGAAGAUGCUUUUCUGACAGAAGUUGUGAGGAUAGCCGUGAGCCUUUGACAACAAGAAAUCAGGGAGUUCCAAGAGAUGACAUUUUGAGGCGAAUAGAACGUGUUAUUGAGGACAUUUUGACCAGGAUAUCUCAUCAACAACCACCCAUUCUGACGUACAACAGCACGAGUAGAUGGGAUAAUGUACAAUUCACAGAUGAUGUUGGCUUAGAGAUGAGAGGCAAACCAGCCCUCACAGAAGUUAGAUUUGACGCAGUCAACUCAGUAAAGAAGUUUGGGAUUACUUUGAGAGUUAUAGCCAUGUGCUACAAACUUGUUCAGAGUAAUACAUUCUCAACAAAACGGGACUUGUAUUACAAAGACACCGAGUUGUUUGGGAGCCAGUCAACACUGGAUGACAUUUUAAAGAACAUCUGCUGCAUGUUAAAUGUGCCGAGGCGAAGCCUGCACGUGCUUGCCACCUCAAAAGGGUUUAUUGCUGGUGAUCUGAAGUUUACUGAAGUUAAUGGAAACCGUGUCGACUGUAGCACUUCCAAAACUGGCAUGCUUAUACCGGCUCAUGUCCAGGACAUCUGUAAUGUGCGAUCACGAGCGAGGUUUGUCUUGGUGGUGGAGAAGGAUGCCACAUUUCAGAAGCUGCUGGAUGAUGGGAUGUUGGGGGACAUGUGGCCUUGCAUCCUCAUCACUGGGAAAGGAUUUCCAGACGUGAACACUCGACUGAUGGUCAGGAGACUGUGGGACGACUUACAGAUCCCCAUCUUAGGCCUAGUGGAUGCUGACCCUCACGGGCUGGAGAUACUCUGUGUUUACAAGUUUGGUUCAAAGUCCAUGUCCUACGAGUCCCACAGUCUGACUGUUCCUUGCAUCCGCUGGUUGGGCGUCCUUCCCUCCGACAUUGACAGGCUUCAAGUACCUCGCGACGCCCUGAUCCCACUGAGCCAGUCGGACCUCCGCAAGGCCCACAAGCUGAUGCAGAGGCCCUAUUACAAACAUCUGCCCGACUGGAUGAAGGAGAUGCAGGUUCUGAUGAAUCUGGAGAGAAAAGGCGAGAUCCAGUGCCUGACGGCCAUCUCCAGCGACUACCUAACCAAGGUCUACAUCCCUAACAAGAUCAGACACGGAGGAUGGAUCUAGUGAAUCUCACUUCCCCAGUGCGUGGCCCCGUAGUUCCAUAUUGGGUUAAAAACAAAUUCACAGAUUCACCCAUCCCCCCACCAACUUUAUAGCACUGCUGAGCACAGCCAAGUUUGCAUCAUGUACCUGUACAAAUGGGAUACCAGCUAAAAUGCCUUAAUAAAGUCUACCAUUUGCAACUGGUACUCAACCGCUUGUUGCAAGGCACACCAAUGUGCUAAUGUUUUCAGAACGGUACAAGAUUCUUAAGACAGCAUACUUUCUUUAAGGUUUCAAAGUUUAAGGAUGCUUGAAACAAGCUGAAUGUCUCUCGAUCUGUAAACCCAUUUAAGAUUCGAACUAAAACAUGUAUAUUCAUACCCAGUGGAAGAAACUUCUAUAAUAAUUUAUUGCAAAGCCGUACUACCUUCAUGCAAUCCAAAAGAUUUUAUUUGCAAGAUAUAUUUAUAAAGGCUAUAUUUUCCGGUAAAUUGAUAACCUUAUCUAUUGAAUGUUUCUUCGUGUGAUUCUUAAAUGAUAUUUAGCUCUGCCAGAAUUUAACUGUAGUCAUUUUAAAGAUUUCUGUGCAAACUUUGUACAACAGUUUAUGAAAAAAGCCAGACUUUGGCAAGUGCAAUUCCUUUUUAAAAUGUGCAUGAUUUUUUU